AUGGCGGAUUCUACAAUCACGCGACAAUGCCACCAGCGGGGCCGAGUGAUGGGGCUGCCAUCUAUGCCACUGGAAAUAUUCUGGAUGGUUCUGAAGUACCUCGACCCUGUCGAUAUUGUUCGAUCUCGUCGAGUAUCACGGUGCUGGAAAGAGGCGUUCACGAACCCAGAGUAUUUGGUUCGACUCAUGACCGAAUUGUUUCCACAAGCUCAAGAGGUUCGCGAAUUAGAAUCGAGCAAGCCCUUGAAGGGUUUAGUCUCAAAUGUUCUUGAUGACCAACACUGGCGCAAGCUGUUCGACAAGGUUGCCUCUCGGUAUAAUUAUCUACAUCGCGGGAAACCAAAGUCGGUGCAGAAGCUCAAGCUGUGCGAGGACUUUGGUAUAUCCGGAGAAAGAGAGUGGUUCCAGGUUCAGCCUUGGGACAACCAUGCCAGUCACCUCAUGCAACGCGUUGAUCGUGUCUACCCGGAGACCUUCUGGACGUAUGAGGAUGGUUUGCUGGUCUAUCCGAGCGCAGAUUAUGCCUCGCUGGUUCUUCUAGAUGUUGAGGCUGAUAAGAAGACGAUGGUGCCAUUCUUGAUCAUUGGCAAGGUCAUCAGGAGGAUUCGUUUACAGCGACGAGUUCUAGUGGUGGAAUGGGCGGAACCGAAGGCCUUCCACUGGCUGAACGACAGCGAUGGGGUUCAUCGGCAUUUUGCCUCGUCGUUCGAUGUGGUCAAGGGUCCUGAUGGGUGGAAUGUCACAUUCCGCAAUGAAUGGAAGAUCAUGUUUCUCGGGCAUCCGCUGAGUGAACGAGACCGAUUUUACUCCACGCACAGCAAAACACAUUAUGUGAUCUACAUCUGGCAACCAAAUCGCAGCUUAUACACUGCCGACGAAGACGCUCCGAUAGAGUCCUUGUUUGUCUGGGAUAUCUCCAAGCCAUCGCCCUAUAGGCCCUCUCUAGAUCCAGCCGGACGUCAACGGGAUGAUGAAUUGGGCCAAAGUCCCUCUAUCGUCUCGCGCUUUGGAUUCCGCGAACUUGGUUUCUUUUCUGUGAGGCAACGAGGAAUACCGGGAAUACAUGGCUUAGAAAUUACCGAGGAUGAUCAGUCCAUUGAGAUCAUCGAGAAUCUAUGCACGGGGCCGCUAGACCGCCUCGUUGGACCGGCAGAGUGGACAUCUCAGGUUCAAAUCACGAGUAUCCCCUUGAUUGGCGACGGACCCUGCUGGAGGCGAGACGUUGAUUAUGUUCUUCCUCCUUACCGCGGAAGCAGCGGGCUCCAAACGGAGCCUCUCAGUUUGCUGUGCGAUAAGUUCUGGUACACAGCCAUCUCUGAGGCAUAUGAUACAGCGCCGCAGGUAGGAUUUGCGUUGCACCUAUCUCCCUUUGGCUGGCCCUUUGACUACAAAACCUACUUGAGCGUCCAAACACCGUCCUCCCGGGUCGUCUUGAAGCCGGACGACGCAAAUGAGUUAGCUGGAAAGGGCAAGAUUUGUGGGAAUGAAAAAUUCGUGUUAGGUGAGAAUGGCAACCGCGAGCUUGUCAUUUGGAGAUUUGAUUGA